UUCCUCCUUGCGACCUGUAGACGCACACAUUUCUACUUGUUCACUUACUCCAAUAUGAGUCUGAAGACAGGCUUUGUGGUCCUCCUUCUCUGCGUGCCAGGGCUGCUUGGUGCUGAGUGGGGGGGGACCUACACUGAGAAGGAGAUCUGUGCAAUUAAAGGAUCCACUGUGAAGCUUCAGUGCUCCUUUAAGUUCCCGCCCACAGAAGACGGGCGUGUGAUCAAGGUCAAGGAAACAUUUUGGUUCACCAAAGAUUCAAAAGAAGAUCUGAGACUGGACCCUCAGUACUUUGGUGGCGUGCAGUCUGAGUGUCAUGGCAACCUCUGCAAUCUGACCAUCGCAGACGUGAGACGGAGUGACGAGUACACGUUCAGAUUCACAACUAACCAUUCCAGAGGAGACUUCACCGUCACGCCUGGUGUCAAAGUGAACGUCACUGAUCUGAAAGUACAAGUGCCCGCAAGUCCCAGUAAUAUUGAGAAAAGUUAUUGGUAUGAUCUGAAGUGUGUCAGCAGCACUUGCAGUCCUUGGUCUCCUUCUUCAUACGUCUGGUAUAAGAAUGGAGAGGAAAUCCAUCAUGCAAAGUCUCAAGAGUACAAAGCAGGGUAUGACUCCACAGACAGUUACUCCUGUGCUGCAAGAGGACACGAGCAAGAUGUGUCUCCUCCAGAGUGUGUGUGGGACUGGUCAUGUAACAAGGUGGUUUACUACAAGAGACACAUCUGUGCCAUCCAAGGAUCAUCAGUGGACAUCAACUGUGAAUACACGAGCUAUGGAUAUACCCAGAAAAAAUUGUGGUACCGUGCAGAUUCUAGUCAUUGGGGAAAUCUCUCCAUGACUGAAGAUCUCCUGACAGACCCUCAGUAUGAAGGUCGUUUUGAAUUACCUUCAGAGACUUCUGGAAAUAGCACACUGAGAAUAAAAUAUGUGAGGCAGAAUGAUUCUGCUGAGUACCGUUUCAAAUUCACCACUUAUUAUGGUGUUGAAUGGAGGAGUAUUUUACCUGGAAUCACCUUGACAGUAACAGCUGUGCAGGUGCAGGUGAUGUCAGUCAGAGUUGAAGAUUCUCACCUUGUUGCACAAAUGUUGUGUCACACAAGCUGCCUUCUAGAAGCUCCUUUGUCUUUUGUGUGGCAGCACAAUGGAGCGUAUAUAAAGUAUGGAACCAUAGUAGAAGUCACCUUGUCACCUGGAGACUACAUCACCUGUACUGUACAACAACAUCAACAUAUCACCACCUCUCCUCACCUGUGUGAGUGCUUCUUUCUUCUGGAAAAACAUGAUGUUCUGAAAAGACCCUCAGUGUCUCUGAGUCAUACUGGUGACAUAUUGGAGGGUCGUCCACUGACACUGACCUGCUACAUCGACAACUACGACUACUCCUCAGCAACAGUUGAUUACUGCUGGUACAAGAAGAAGAAUGUGUCUUCAAAAGUUAAAGUCCUCAGUAAAGAUCGACAACUGGUCUUCAAGUCCAUCAAGUCUUCAGACUCAGCAGAGUAUUGGUGUACUGUGGAGGACCAGCUGGGGAAGAAGACAUCAGAACCCGUCUUCAUUGAUGUCCAAUAUCCUCCCAGGUCGUUGUCUUUGUCCGUCAGUCCGUCUAAUGUCAUCGUUGAGGGACAGUCGGUGAAUCUGACCUGCAGCAGCGAUGCUAACCCGGCCGCCAGCUACACCUGGUACAAGGAAAACCAAACUUUAACCCAAAAAAAAAACUAUUACAGUUUCCCCUCUAUCCAACCUGAAAAUGCUGGAACAUUCCACUGCAUGUCUGAGAAUAAACAUGGACGUGUCAACUCUUCAUCACUCGUCAUAAACGUCCAACGUUCCUGGGUCCUCACAAUGGCGGCAGCUGUGGGCUCAGUCGCUAGCGUUGUUCUGGUGGUCCUGGUUCUCACCGCCUUCCUGGUGUUGAGGAAAAGGAGGCAAUCAAAGGAGUCCAAAGCCCAGUCCAGGGCGGGCGCAGCUUGUGGCGAGGCUCCAAACCAGGAGAGGAAUGAAGUCGUCUAUUCUGAGAUCCGCUUCGCCAAUUCAAGCGACGGUCCUGUCGACGCCAACACCACGCCAGUCAUGCCCCUCAGACGCCUGGUGGAGGAGGAGGAAGAUGGCUUGGAGUACGCCACGGUUAAAAGUUGCGUCUCUGGGCCGAAGCCAAAAGGGGGCGCUGGUGAGAACCUCAACUGAUGAAGACGCCCAACGCAGUAGGGAUGGAUGCAGCUUCUGAACUGUUGCUCGUCUUUUCACUUUUUUGGGAAUGAAUCAACCUCAGGCCCAGCAGGACUCACAUUCACAUAAUCCAAAUAAGUACAGGAAAUACAUAAAUUAAAAAAAUCGUCGCAUCUCGCUUCCAAGUUUGCAGCUUCACUCUCUGGCAGAUUUUUUUAAAGCAUGUUUUACUUCUUUUUGGCCUAUGUUACGCAUUUUCCAGCAUAAACAUGUCUGAAUGAAGUAAAAAAAGAUCACUACUACAGUAUUAAUGGCCACUAGACAAGACCAAACCAAUCAGAAUGCACGCUUCAGUAUCGUGGCCAAUGAUUGGCUCAGCCUCAGCCAGCAUUACUAGAUUGUAUCGAAGAAAUGAACAAGUGACAAAAUGGUUUUAUACCAUUUUUGGGGGGUUAUAAUCAUGUUUAAAAAACAUUUUUAGAAGGUCAGAAGCAGUUUUUGUUUAUUCGCAAGUUAGGAAAAUAUUUAUAAUAUAGACUUGGCGGUAAUUAAUUUACCAGGACCAAAUGAGGGUUCACUCUACUAGGAUCGUGUAUUCAAGUGCAUGUCAACACACGUUGAAAAGGUAUUUUACUUCAAAAAGGGAAAUGUUUCAGGGUUGUUUUUCAAUGCUGAUGAUUAUAGUUUAAUAAAGGAAAAUAGAAAUUCAGUCGAUCAUAAAAUGUAAACAAUCGUCGAAAAGAUGAUCGUAAACGACUGAUUUGUGCACCAAUUAGCUUUCUGAGCCUCGUCUUGAUUGAAAUAUGUUUGCAUGUUAUUCUCAUUAUUUCCUGUAAAUACUUCAAAAUGUUUUUAGUGGACCACUAUCUGUGUCUUUUAUAAUUGUAUUUUAUUGUAUUGAUUUGUUUUUAUGUUUUAUUCAAUUUUAUUGAGGUAUUUUAUUAUUUUAUUCUAAUAAAUAUAU